CAUCCAUGAGAUGUACUUGGUGCCUGCCAAACCCAUAAGCAGCAGAGCUCUAAAGAACAGGAAAAACUUUACAUCAUGACUUUUCCACCAGAACUUUCGGGAAUUGACUUUGAUUUAUUAAAAAAUGUCCAGGAGCACAGAACACAAGGAAUCAGGGGGAUGGGGCUUGUUGUUCGGAGAGGGUGGCCCUUCACCAUGAAGAUGCAGUUUCGUUACUUGGGGCAAGAUGCAAAGCUUGAAAAUCUGAAUCUUAUUGCACAAAUAGGACCAUAUCCAUCUCCACACACUGGAACACAUAUAUACUUCCCUGUGUCCAGGCUCAGAGACAACAGAUCUUGGAGCGCAGAGAUGGAAGGUGAAAAUAAUGGUGUUUUAGCAGUCAAAGUACAAACUCCAGCAACUGCCAUCAUUGGGCGAUACAGCCUCUCUCUUGAAGGAUCAUACAGGGGAAUGCCAGUAUCUCAUAUCUUGGGAAACGUCGUUUUGCUUUUUAAUCCAUGGUGCCCAGAGGAUGAUGUAUUUCUAAAUGAUGAGGCCAUGAGACAGGAAUAUGUGAUGAAUGAACAUGGCACUAUGUACCAGGGGACAAAAGACUUCAUUAAAAACAUACCAUGGAAUUAUGGACAGUUUGAAGAUGGAGUUGGCGAAACUUGCCUCAGGAUCCUUGACAUGAGCCCCAGUUGUUUAAAGGACCCUGCCACAGAUUGUUCCAAAAGAGGAGAUCCAAUAUUUAUAUGUAGAGUUGUGUCUGCCAUGAUCAAUUCUAAUGACGACCGUGGAGUGAUAGAGUCCUCUUGGGAUGAUUUAGUUCGAGGAGGAGUUGAGCCAAGCUCAUGGAAUGGUAGUGUUGCUAUACUACGGCAAUGGCAUACAAGUGGAUGCAGGCCUGUUAAAUACGGCCAAUGUUGGGUCUUUGCUGGAGUACUGUGCACAGUAAUGAGAUUCCUGGGCAUCCCAACUCGUCCGGUGACAAAUUUUGAAUCUGCCCAUGAUACCAAUUGCACCUUGACUGUGGAUGAAUAUUAUGAUGAAACUGGGAAACAGCUAGAAACACUAGGGGACACAAUCUGGAACUUUCAUGUUUGGAAUGAGUGCUGGAUGGCAAGAAAGGAUCUCCGUUCAGGGUACGAUGGCUGGCAGAUAGUGGAUUCCACCCCUCAGGAGAUAAGUGGAGGUACUUACUGCUGUGGGCCCGCUCCCGUGAAAGCAGUGAAAGAAGGUGACAUGGAUGUCAGUUACGAUGUUCCUUUUGUGUAUGCUGAGGUCAAUGGAGAUGUUAUACAUUGGGUUGUAAAUGAGAAAGGAAUAAAACAAGGACAGGUAGACACCAUUGCUAUUGGCAAGAAUUUUACCACCAAACGCGUUGGAAGCAAUGACAAAGAAGACGUUACAAGCCACUACAAACAUGCAGAAGGAUCCCCCCAGGAGCGAACUGUCUUUGCAAAAGCAACCAGUGCAGUCAAGUCAAAGAGGCCAUUCUCAGCAAAAGAAUCAGGAAUGGCUUCAGACUUUGAAGUAUCCUUAAAGUUAGCAGAGACACCAAUGAUAGGACAACCCAUCGUACUCUAUUGUAGGAUUUUGAAUAAAAGCUUUGCAGCUAAGAAACUAUCAGUAAAUAUGAGUGCCCAAGCAAUGCAGUAUAAUGGGACACCCCUGGAUCAGUUCUGGCGAAAGAAAUUUGAUGUGGACGUUUUCCCAAACCAAGCCACUGAUGGACAAUUUCCGAUACAUCCCCUUCAGUACCAGCAAUUCAUAAGACCUGGUAACAGCAUUCGAGUAACUGUUCUAGCUACUGAUCUCCAGUCCAAACAGUUUCGGUUUGCAGCUCAGAAUGUUGUACUUAAAGAACCAACCAUAGAUAUAAAGAUUUAUGGUACACCACAAUUUAACAGGCCUCUGAAUGUACAGCUUUCCUUCCAAAAUCCCUUCAAUGAGGUGCUCACAAAUUGUGUCAUGAGUGCAGAAGGAGCUGGGCUGCUACCAAAUGGACCUGCAGAGAUAUACAUGGGCAACAUCUACUCUCUUCGUGCAGGCUCUGUAGGACUUGUCUGUGUGCCAAUAAAGCGAGGGAAAUUGCAGCUGGAAGUGAGUUUCUCCUGUAAUAAGGUUCAGCACAUUAAGGGAAGUGCAACUAUCAUGGUGGCUGCUUUCUGAGAGAUCCAUGGAAUUUGCAUUUGUGACCCUGUGGAAAAUUACCUUACCCAGUACUUUCUCAUUUCAGCUAUUUACUUGUGUUCUGUAAAUGCCCCUUUUUUAUUUGGAAUUUGAUUAAAUACAAAUUGUUGGGUUUCUGUAAAUCCUUGACUAACAGUUUUCAGGCAGGAGGAACAUGGUGAAUGUGGGAAGUUACCUGAGAAAGCAAAGUUCCAGCAAUUCUCUGCAUUCUCCAUGGAACAGUGCAACUCCGUACUCUCUUCCUGAGACAAUACACAAUAAAUUAUUUUGUACCCUA